AUGGCCUCCCUAAUCCCCCGCCGUCUCUUCACCACCACCGCCCGUCGCCUCCAGUCCAGCGGCGACCUCAAGAGCGAGUCCAAGCGUAACCCCGAGCUUAUGCUAAGAGACCAGAUCCUCGGCGGUGUCAUGGUCGCCGCCCUCGGCGGAGCCGGCUUCUACUUUGGCCGCUCCCCUACAAAGUCCACGUCCGAAAGCCCCGUCACCAUCGCCAGCAGGCCCUGGGAGGGCGAGGGCCAAGGGAAAUACAAGUACCACCCCGGCGGCGACCUUUCCAAGGAGCCCAAGGACGCCCCGAGCGCACUCAACGUCGUCGUCGUCCCCAACGUCACGCUGCCCGCGGAGCUGCACGACAAGUACAACAAAUGGGGCAAGGAGGGAUACCCUUGA